AUGACCAAGUUUAUAUUGAUAUUGGCAUUGGUGAGUAGGGUGUUUGCGGCAACGUACAACUACUAUGGUUGUUUUGCUUCUUCCUCUGUGAACUCUUUGACGUCUCGGGGGACCUACCAGUUUCAGUCAACUUCAUAUUGUAGGGAGGAAUGCGGAGACACUGAUGUUGCAGCUAUGUCGGGAGGAAAUGCUUGCUUUUGUGGAAGCUCUGUACCAUCAUCUUCAGAUAAAGUGAGUGAGUCAUUUUGCAACGAACCUUGUGAUGGUUAUCCUCUGGAAAUAUGUGGAGGGACAAAUUAUUUGUCUGUUUAUGUGAACGAGGAUGCCGAUGACGAUGAUGAUGAUGAUGACGAUGAUGACGAAACGACCUCUUCCACAUCUUCCACUUCAUCAUCCUCAUCGAGUUCUUCGAGUUCUUCAACUUCUUCAACCACAUCGACGUCUUCAUUCACAUCCCGAACGUCUUCAUCGUUGACGACAGCAUCGAGCACUUCAAGCUCGUCAUCGUCUUCUUCGUCAACCAAUUCCCCUUCACCUACUUCAUCUGCAUCAUCAUCAACGACAUCAUCAUCAUCAUCCCAACAGGUGUCUGUCAUAAUAGUUACAACAUCAGCUGAAAGAAGUGGGUCUGUUGAGGUCGUAACUACAGUCAUUACAGCAUUAGAUAAUUCUCAGGAAACAGGUUCGUCCAGCUCGUCCAAUUCUGAUUCAACAGCAAACAGAGGCAGCAAUUCUGGCUCAUCUUUAAGUAAAGGUGCAAUUGCAGGUACCGUUAUCGGAUCUGUCAUUGGUGGUGUCUUGAUAAUAGUUGCACUUGCAUUUUGGUGGUGGAGAAGACGUAAAUCCGAUAUUGAAUCUGAUCUCGAGGCAGAUAAUGAAAAGAAAGAAGCUGCAGUGAGCGACUUUGUAAGAAGUUACGCUGUCCCUCCAUCUCAUGUUGCCGUUACUGACCCGUCAACAGAGAAUGAUCAGGUUUCAUUAAGGCCGAACAACGCCCUGACAAGAAGGUUUAGUCAUGGAUCACUCCCGGAUGUAACUCAGGAUAGUUAUGAUCCCUCUCCAGGUCUUGGUGGACUCAGAAUUAUAAACCCAGACAACCCCACAGAUGAUGAAGUUUAG